CGACCGCCUCACGCCAGUCCGCUCCGUGCUGCCGUCGAGCACGCACGCGCAUGUCGCUCGUUGUUGUUUUUGGUGAUGUGAGGUGGCCCUCGCUGCCGCUCCGCGCGACUGACGCGCCCGUUUCGCGAUCGUGUGCGCCAGGUGAAGGCUCACGAGCCUUCGAACCGGCAAGACGCCGUCCACCGUGGAUCUGAGGUACGGCGCCAUGGCGGCGACCACGUAUAUGCCGGGUGAGCUGGACCUCGGCAAUCUUAGCGGGUAUCACGCUGCUUCGCCGCGCAGCGUAGAGCCCGCCGAGAUGAAGUAUCAGCACCACUUACACGCGGGCGGCUCCCCGUCGCCCGGAGCGCCGCUCAAUCCUUGGGCCGCGCUGCCUCCCUCCGACCCGUGGGCCAUGCACCAGCACCACGCUCACGCCGACGUCAAACCGCCGUCCGCUCCGCACGAGCAUCGCCACCUGCAGGGCGGCUGGCACGCCCCCGUGGUAUCCGCUCACUACGGCGCGGGAUCACCCGUGCCGCUUCACGCCGGAUACCCGGUACCCAUGCAUCAACACCAUAUGCUGCGAGAUGUGCAGCCUUCGCCACAUCUACACCACCAUGCGUUGGAUCGAGACCCACCCGAGGAGGACACGCCUACGAGCGAUGAUCUAGAAGCCUUCGCGAAGCAAUUCAAGCAGCGCCGCAUCAAGCUGGGCUUCACGCAGGCCGACGUCGGCUUGGCGCUCGGAACGCUCUACGGCAACGUUUUCUCGCAGACGACGAUAUGCCGCUUCGAGGCGCUGCAGUUGAGUUUUAAAAACAUGUGCAAAUUAAAACCGUUGUUACAAAAGUGGUUGGAGGAGGCCGACUCGACGACGGGGAGCCCGACGAGCAUCGACAAGAUUGCGGCGCAGGGCCGGAAACGCAAGAAGCGAACGUCCAUCGAAGUUUCGGUGAAGGGUGCGCUCGAACAGCAUUUCCACAAACAACCAAAGCCAUCGGCGCAGGAGAUCACGUCACUGGCGGACAGCCUGCAACUGGAGAAGGAGGUGGUGCGCGUGUGGUUCUGCAACCGGCGGCAAAAGGAGAAGCGUAUGACCCCGCCGAACACGCUGGGCGGCGAGAUGCUGGACGGGAUGGGACACGGGCAUUACGGGCACGACGUGCACGGCUCUCCGCCGCUGCACGCGCAUUCGCCCGCCCUCUCGCCGCCGCACGCUCAUCCGGCGCACGCGCCCCAACACUCGCACCCGCACGCCGCGCACCAGCACGCGCAGCACGCGCAACACGCGCUACAGGGAGCGCACACGCUGGCUGCGCACUAACAGUUCGCCCCGUGGGCGCCGCCGCGGCCUUUCUACGCGGAGCCGCACUAGCCCGCGGGAGCUGUAAAUACGUGUAGAUAUUCGCAAGCAGUGACGCCUGACGAGUGCAGUGCAGUGCCGCCGGUAAGUACUGCCCGUGCCGCGCUCGCGUGACAGACGAUCGUAUCAUCGAAUUUAUUUUUAGAAUAACGCUCGGCCUCCCUGGGCCGGGAGGUGCCGUGCCGUGGACAUAGAACUCUUGAGCCCGUUACUGUAAAUUAGAGACGAAAGCGAAUCGGGUGUGGGCCGUAGGAGACGGAGUCAUUAGGUGCAAUUUAACGAUAAGUGAAGUGCGCGAGUCGCGACCCGCCGCGGCCGUCUCACCGAAGCUAUUUAUUUCGAUCUUAAACUUGCAACCAUUACGCCAAAUGGUCAACUGAUGUUUUUACUUGUUUUGUUAUUUUUCUUAGUUUAUAUUAUGGCCAACUCUGUGGCGAAAUUUUUUCUAUAUAAUGUUGUCAAAAAGUUGUUUGUCCCAUGAGAAUAUGUAUAGUAGAGUUUGGAACGAGGUAACCGAAUGUUUGUGACGUAAUCGUAGAGGAGAGCCGGGAGGCAGGCCAUAUUAGUUUACUUAUGUUUAGUUGUUUCUGUGAAGAGCUCGCCCGAUUCGACCUGUUGUAAAUGUAAUUAGCUCGUUAUUCUCAACGAAGUUGAAGUUGAUAUGUAUAUAACUGUAUAAACUGUAGGUAAUAAACGAAAGGCAGUGGUAGUGCGAGCCUCUAGUAGGUAAAUAAUGAAUAAUUAGUCUUAAAAUGUUUUAUAUUAUUAUCUAAGUAUUUAAAUAAACCAGAGUAAAUAUUUUA